AUGGGGUAUUCGGUGCAGGCUAUUCCUCUUUUGAAUCACACUGUCAUCACUGAGUUUAUUCUCCUAGGAAUCACAGACCAACCUGAGUUAAGGUUGCCUUUGUUCAUCUUGUUUCUACUUAUCUAUGCUUUUACCCUGUUAGGAAAUCUAGGGUUGAUCAUUUUAAUCAAGAUAGACUCACAGCUACACACACCCAUGUAUUUCUUUCUCAGUAGUCUGGCUUUUGUAGAUGUUAAUUAUUCCUCCACUAUUACCCCCAGAAUAUUGGUGGAUCUCUUAGCAGUGAGGAAAACUAUUGGAUUUUUUGGUUGUGCAUCUCAAAUGUUUAUGUUUGUUAUAUGUGGUAGUACUGAAUGCAUCCUAUUGGCUGUGAUGGCAUAUGACCGGUAUGUAGCUAUUUGUAAUCCUCUGCAUUACGCUAUCCUAAUGUCAAAGAAAAUGUGUUUUAGGCUAGUAUCUGGUUCAUAUAUUUUGGGUAUUUUCUAUGCAGUUUUACAUACUGUGUUCACUUUUACCUUGACAUUUUGUGGGUCAAAUGUUAUCAAUCAUUAUUACUGUGAUAUUCCCCCACUCCUACAACUUUCUUGCUCUGAUACCCACACCAAUGAGAUAGUAGUAUUUACACAAGUUAGUAUAAAUUGUAUAGGCACUACACUGGUCAUCUUAAUUUCCUAUGUUUGUAUCUUGGUCACCGUGUUGAAGAUCCAUUCCACUGAGAGCAGACAUAAGGCCUUUUCCACCUGUACGUCCCAUAUGAUUGUUGUUAGCUUAUUUUAUGGAACCAUUUUCUUUAUGUAUUUGCGACCAAGUUCUAAGUAUGCAUUGCAACAGGACAAAGUGGCCUCUUUGUUCUAUACUGUGGUCAUCCCCAUGCUGAACCCCUUGAUCUACAGCCUAAGGAACAAACAUGUAAAAGAAGCUUGUAAAAGAGUUCUGAAGAAGAUCCUGUAA